CUUCACCCUCCGCUCCAGCGCGCGGCGGAAAUGCGCCAUAAAACCCCGGAAAGAUUAGAAGAAGCAGCAAUAUGGCGAUCUCCAGUGAAUGCGUGGAGGAUCUGUUAGGAACUUUCCGUUGGCUGGUACAAUGCAGUGGUGUCUCAUGCUCAUCACCUGUCGUACCCAGCAGACACUCUGGCUCUGGUGCUCCUGAGCACACCGUCCAUGUUUGAGCGCUCACUCCUCCCCUUCUUACAGAGCCAGCGCUGUGAGGCAGUCAGAGACCCCAUAGAUCAGUGCACCGCUCACACAGUCUCUUCUUCUGUCUCUCUGUGUUUUCCAAAUCAGUCUGUGGAUGUCAGUUAUGAUUAUGAGAUGCUUCCCAGCAGAAGACCCAAGUUUCUUGCCCAGACUGCGGCCCACAUAUCAGGAGCAGCAUAUUACUACCGGAAAUCAGAUAUCCACAAUCCACCGUGGGGUGACAAGAAGAUGUUUGGAGUUUGCAUACACCCCAGGCUGGGUGGCUGGUUUGCUAUACGAGCCCUGCUGGUCUUUAAGGAUGUGCAAGUGGGAGAAGAACUUCAGCAGAAAGAUCCUCCGGACUGUGUGUGUUCACAGGAGGACAGGAUCGAACUGCUGGAGCGCUUUAAUUUCCGCUGGCAAGACUGGAGCUACAGAGACAUCAUUCCCACAGAGGAGAGUUACUCUCCUCAACAGAGGGAGUAUUUCCUGACUCAUCCAGGACAGCGGGGGGCGCUGCUCGGACAGUGGGGAUAUCUGACUGACGCUGACACUGAGAAGCAGAGCUCUACAAACAAACAUUUUCCCAAAGAUGUAGCCUGUUGACUCAUUUUGAUUUACAUAAAAUGUAUUAAGAAACUGUGAACAUGUUUCACAUUCUACUCAGGUUUCGCUGUAACUGAUAUGUCACUACAGAGAACAUGGUGGCACUACUGUAUAUACAUAUUUAAUUUUAAUUUAAUAAAAGAAAGGUAAUUAGGGGCAAGUACUUUAUCAUGCACUAUAUGCAAUUUUUGUGCAUAUUGGUUGGUAAAUGUGAAAGAGAAGCAUGUUUAAGCUCGGAACAAAUCUUCUGCAGUGGAAAUACAUGGAACGGUUCGAGAACGGACGCAGGUCGGGACCGCUUUUCUCUGUGCUCAGACGCAAACAGGGCUCAAGUUCUUUCCCUUCCUGCGCGUAAAUUUGGACUAUUCUUUGAUCCGUUUUAACAGUAGUUGCUCAUUUUCUUCCACGUGUUUCAGGUUCUUGUUGCUAUUUGAGAUCAUUUUAGCUGAGCAUCCUAUAAUUGGAGUGGAAAUCAACAUACUUUAAAGAACUUGAACUUUUCUAUUUUGCAAAUACUUUUUUAAAAUGUAUUUAUUUUUUUAUUGAUCUUAGGAAAUAUUCUAAUAUUUUGAGAUACCGUACUUUUGACUUUCAUGAGCUGUAAGCUCUAAUCAUCAAAAUUAAAACAAAAAACUUUUGAAAUGUUUUACUUCACAUGUAAUGAAUCUAGAAUAUAUGAAAGUUUCACUUUUUGAAAUGUUACCAAAAAAAUGAACUUUUUCACGAUAUUCUAAUUUUUUGAGAUGCACCUGUAGAUAUAUUUUCAUGCACAAAUUACGCACUAGGUGAAAAGGUUUUUUUUUUUUAAAGCAUAAUAGGACCCCUUUAAGAUGGUUGACCCAAAAAUAAAACAAAUUCUAAUGCCAUAUGACCUUUUUUUUUCAGACCAUAAAAAGAGAAAUAAUAAUAAACACGUUCUAGAGCCCCCCACCGUGUCUCCUAUACACUCCUAUUUUAGGUCAUGUAGUCUUUACUAAUGAGCUGGUGACUAGAAUUAGAUGUGAUAUAUACGGUACAAGCAUGCAGUGAUGGGUGUCUCCAUGCAGGACAGCUUUGAGAUGCACUGAAUUACAGGACACGCAUCACAUCACUCUUUCCGGGUCCAAGUCCAGCUCUAUCAGAUACCCAAAACAAAUAGUGCUAAUGUACGCUCACAGUAUGCUGCAAUACUACUGAAGAAUCGUGAUCCUAAGCUUUAUCUCCACAGUGAAAUCUCAGUUGGCCAGACAGUGAUUCACCUAUGUAUUGCUAUGUAUUUUAGCUAAAAACAUUUUUCAGACCACUCAUUUUUAUUUUGAUACAUUUAAUGAGCGUAAAUUUGCGAUUUAUUUCAAGAUUUUGUGUAUAUCAGGUUUUGGUGAUUUGUGCUCACCUCUGCUAUAUUGACAAUAUAGUCAAUCUGCAACACCUUUUUUUAGCCAUAACUGCGUUCACAAUUCUUACAUCUAGUGUUGUAUGUUUAUAUUUAUGCUUAUUUAUGUAGCACCAUGGUCCUGCGAGACAUGACAUUUCGUUCCACUGUAUGUCCACACAUGUAGCGGAAUGACAACAAAGCUUGACUUGACUUGACUUGAAUUGAACACUGGCCUCUCACUUUAAUGCUUAACUAGAGCAAAUCUUAUAGUUAUUAGUGUGGAUGCCUUCAGGAGUUGAAAUUCAGUAUCCAGUGAGCACAUGCAUCUAUAGCUCCACUGUAAAAAAAAAAAAA